AUCGACAAAUUAACUUGCGUCCUACAGUUGGCCAUGAUAAAUAUUCAGAAAAAUAUAAGGGAAUUUCGAUCUGCUUUAACAUCUUGACAAAAUCGUUUUCCGGUCGUUACGUUAAUUUUGGUGUCUUUGAAUUGUAUGGUGAUAAGGCUCUUGAGGUGGCCUUAAACGCAUCAUUCGAAAUGAUGCUUAAUGUAGAAUUGGAGGAUAUUUUAUCUGCCAAGUUGAAAACUAAAUUACACUGGCUUCUCACAUACUUAACCCAGUUUCCAAGAGUGCUACCUUAUUUGCUUACUGCAAAUUUUAACGCUGUUCUUUUUGAAGAUAGGCAAACCCAAUGGUCACUAUCUCGCCCAUUACUAUGCUUAAUUUUAUUGAAUCAAGAUUAUUUCAAUGAAUAUAUCGAAAAUUUGUUACGGCAUCAACUGCCUGAACGAAGGGAAAUCUUGCAAAAGGCCAUUAAAACUCUUAUGACAGACGUAGAUUAUAACCUGAAUUCCAAAAAUCGGGACCGUUUUACGCAGAAUCUUGGAACCUUUAAGCGAGAAUUAACAAAUGAUAAUGUCAUAUUAAUCUCACCGCCUAUGGAUCUCAAGCUUAUGUGA